GUCUCAUGGCUGUUGCGCGGCCCAGAGUCAUCUUGGCAGCGUUUUCGACGCUACAAUCGGUGUCAUGUUUUUCGGCACGCCACAUGGUGGUGCUGACCCUCGGGGAUUUCUCUUGAGUAUUGCGGAGAAGGCUUUCAGAGCAUCCGGCUAUCGUGUCAAUGAGCAGGUUGUCAACUCUUUACUGCCUUCGUCAGAGCGUCUUAGGGAGUUGAGGGAUGUGUUCGGCCCGAUAGCUCGGGAGCGCAAUUGGGUCAUACAUUCUUUCCAAGAACAAUACGGAGCCAAAAGCACAUUGGGAAAAAAGGUCGUCGAGGAUGGAUCAUCGUGUCUACAUAUCCCGGACAUCGAACUUGUAGAGCACAUUGGCCGAGAUCAUAUGGGAAUGACUCGGUUCACGGGAACGGAAGACCCCGAGUUCAAAAAAGUCGGUGCUGCUCUUCGGAGGAUGACAUUAGCGGCUACCAACUCGCCCAAUCGACGAGAGAGAAAGGGCAUGGAUGAAUAUUCUAGCCUGAGACUUCUACAGUCAUUAUGGUUUGGACAAAUUGAUACUCGGCAUCUGACCAUACGAAGUGCUCACAGUGAGACAUGCCGAUGGGUGUUAAGAGAUACCAAAUACCUCAACUGGCUGGAUCCUAGUCAGCUUAAGGAACACCGCGGUUUCUUAUGGAUAAAAGGAAAGCCCGGUGCCGGGAAAUCGACAUUGAUGAAAUUUGUCCUAUCUAAGGCUACCCAGACUAUGGAGAACGUAGUCAUCAUCAACUUUUUCUUCAACGCACGAGGAGACGACCUCGAAAAGUCUACAAUGGGAAUGUAUAGGUCCCUGUUACACCAGCUUCUGACACGGCUUAGAACGCUUCUGCGCGUCUUUGACUCCCUCACAAUACCAAUUUCGAGCGCGGCAUUAUAUCAAUGGAAUAUUGACUCAUUGAAGUCACUUUUUGAACAAGCGAUACAGAGUUUGGGGAAGUCAUCUGUGGUCUGCUUCAUCGAUGCCUUGGACGAAUGCGACGACAGUCAAAUCCGAGAUAUGGUCUCAUUCUUUGAACACACUAGCGAAUUGGCCGUGUCCGCUGGCAUCAAAUUUCAGGUCUGCUUUUCGAGCAGGCAUUACCCACACAUUGCGACGAAGCAUGGUCUGAGUUUGAUUCUCGAAGACCAAAAAGGGCACAGCCAGGAUAUCGCCAACUUCGUUGGCAGCGAAUUAAAGAUUGGCGGUGGUCAGCUGGCCCAGACGAUUAGAGCUGAGCUUCAAAAAAAGUCGUCCAGUGUUUUCUUGUGGGUGGUUCUCGUGGUUGGGAUUCUGAACAAGGAGUACGAUCGGGGGCGCGUUCACACACUCCGGCAGCGGCUCGAGGAAAUUCCUGAUGAUUUGCACGAAUUAUUUCGGGAUAUUUUGUUCCGCGACUGCAAGGACCAGGGGGAUCUCUUCCUGUGCAUCCAGUGGGUUCUUUUUGCAAAAAGGCCAUUGAAACCAGAGGAGCUAUACUUUGCUAUUCUGUCUGGCAAUCCAAGGGCCCUAUCCUCGUGGGGUCCUCACGAUAUUUCUCUGGCGGAUAUGAAGAGAUUCAUCCUCGACUGCUCCAAAGGCCUCACUGAAGAGACGAAGUCUAAAAUCCCGACCAUCCAGUUCAUACACGAGUCGGUUCAAGACUUCUUAGUCAAGGAAAAUGGGUUGGGCAAUAUUUGGCCUGAUUUUAAGGAUAAUCUCGUCGGAUACAGUCACGACAAGCUUAAGCAGUGUUGUCUCAACUAUACCAGCCCAGGCAUUUCUACUCGGCUUGGUCUUGACGGGGUGAGUCUAUAUCACAGCUCCCGGCAAAUAGGCGUUGGCCGGUCAGUAGUCAACGCAUUUCCAUUCCUGGAGUAUGCUGUCCGCAAUGUGUUGUACCAUGCAGAAGCAGCGGGAAAUCGUGGCAUUUCGCAGGAAAGUUUCAUCCAGAGAUUCGACCUAGCAAUGUGGACCAGCCUUCGCAACAUUGUGAGAAAUCCUUACGAGACCCUAUACACACCUGGAGCGAGCCUGCUUUACAUAUUAGCGGAAGCCAACAUGCCGUACUUGAUUAGGACCCAUACAGAUCCUUUAUCAUGCAUUGAUGAAGAAGACAAAGAAAGUUAUGGCUGUCCCUUUUUCGCUGCUAUAGCUUCGAAGAGCAACGAAGCUCUCCAGUUAUUCUGGGAGGCCUUACUUGAGAGUCUGCCACCAUCGGGCACACUUCGGGGACAGUGCAACCGGAUUUUCCAAGUAGGGAGAAGUCAACUCGAUAUGAUACCUCGGUUCAGAUUCUCAUUCUCAGAGGGGAGAUCAACACUGUCACAGUCGUUAGAGAUGGGAGACCUGGAGCUGUUCUCCGUUCUCCUCGAAACUGGGAAAUUCCUUCCCGACUCCAAGGACGAUUCUGGUCGGACUCCGCUUUCUUAUGCAGUAUCCAGAAUCAAUGACGUCUUUAUUAUGAAGCUCCUACUCCAAACAGGUAGUGUUGAUAUGGACUCAAAAGACAACGUCGGUCGCACUCCCCUAUCUUGGGUUGCCAGUUGUGCCAGCCCGGACGCUAUGCAGUUUCUGCUUAAGUCCGGUGCAGUUGAUGUAGACUCAAAAGAUGACAAUGGUCGCACUCCGCUCUCGUGGGCUGCUUGUGGGGGGAGAGGAGAGGUUAUCAAUAUCCUCCUUGAGACGGGCAAUGCCAAUAUAGGAUUGAGGGAUAACGAUGGUCGCUCGCCACUCUGGUGGGCAGCUGAAGCUGGCGACAAAUCAAUCGAAAAUAUCUUGGCUCAGGCAAGCAAGACUGGCGAGUAUUCGGAGGAUGAUGACUGCUGGGGCGAUGUUUGA